UGAACCUGGGUGGAGGGCUGAAAGCAGCCGCCCACGGUGCAAGGUCCCCCGCGGGGGCGAAGGGGCAGUGGCGGCAGGGCUGGGUCUGGCCACGCGGACCGAGCUCCUGGCUCGGGCAGAGGCAGAAAUGACCUGAAGUUGGCAAUUUGGGCCCUGCCCCUUCCCAGUGGGGCCUGAGGGAGCGAAGGUGCAGAGGCUGCAGUGAGGGGCAAAGGCAGCUCUGCUGGCCUCUCUCUGAGCCCUUUCCUUUCCUGAAGACACUGCACUUAUCCCUUUGGCCACUUGUAUCGCACACUGCUCAGGGAGGAGCUGCUGUACGGUCCUUGGAGGCCACGUGGCCUCCUGACCUUCUCAGAGACAGAGCCAGGAGGCCAGAGGCAUCCCCUCCCUAGGGCUGGUUGGGCUCUGACCUCAUUCCUCUAACUCCACCCAGAGUGGCACUGAAUCUGCCACUCAGUCAGCUCAUUUGCCCGCAGACUUUAAGGCCAAGCCCUGUGCCCGGCUCUCUGCCUGGCUUCUUGGGGGUCCUCACUCCCUGGCCACACUGACCUCAGGACCUAGGGAAAUGAAAUAAAGCAGGGGCAAUCCAUUCUGUUCGAGGAGGUGCCAUGGAGCCGAACCUUGAAGGAUAAAUGAGAUUCCCAUGGGAUGCCCAGGGAGGGGAGAACAGGCAGGAUGGAGGGAACAGUAUAAGGAAUGGCCUUUGGGCCCCGGGUCCUGGCUUCAGCCUCAGAGUGUGUGACCUCCAUGUUUAAUGUGUAUAGAGGCCCUUUGCAGGCAUAUCCUCAGCUCUCUCCAGUGCUCAACACAUAGUCCCUGCUCUAGGGCAGCCAUGAGCCUGGUGGCCCAUGAGUGCCCCCCUGGCCCUGGCCUGGACCCCGAGCCCUGCUCAUGAGUGCGGUCCCAGGCCCUAGUGUACCGGGAGCAGAUUCGCAAUCGGGUCACUCCAGGGGCAUCUGACAUGACCAAGCGCGACUACCUUGUGGAUGCAGCCACACAGAUCCGGCUGGCCCUGGAGCGUGAUGUCAGUGAGGAGUAUGAGGCAGCCUUCAGCCACUACCAGAAUGGCGUGGACGUUCUGCUCCGAGGCGUAAAUGUCGACCCCAACAAGGAGAGAUGUGAGGCUGUAAAGCUGAAAAUUACCAAGUACCUGCGGCGGGCGGAGGAGAUCUUUAAUUGCCACCUGCAGAGGACGCUGGGCAGUGGAGCCAGCCCUGGCACGGGUUUUAGCAGCCUGAGGCUGCGGCCCAUCCGCACACUGAGCUCUGCCCUAGAGCAGCUGAGGGGCUGCAAAGUGGUUGCCGUCAUCGAGAAGAGAAAAGGGGACCGGUGUGUGCUCCCCGACAUGCCGAGGGUGAAGUGCUGGCCGGGCUGGCACCACGUGGCCACAGACGAGCUCCUUUCCCUGUCUGGGCGCUGGUUUCCUCAUCUGGAAGUGGAGGUGCAGCUGGUCCAGGACCCAGCGACUGGAGGGACCUUCGUGGUGAAGAGCCUGUCCAGGUGCCACGCGGUGAGCCGGGAGCGGCUGACCAUCAUCCCACACGGCGUCCCCUACAUGACCAAGCUGCUGCGGUAUUUUGUGAGCGAGGACUCCAUCUUCCUGCACCUGGAGCAUGUGCAAGGAGGCACUCUGUGGUCCCACCUGCUCUCCCAGCCGUGCCUCCAACAGUCUGGGACUAGGUCUGGCUCCAGCCUGGAGAGGAUGAAGGCUCAGCUCAACUCCCGACUCAGCCUCCAGACCCCAGCUCGCUUCCCACCUGGCCACACCUGCCUGCAGGACGGAAUCCCCCUGGAGCCUCCCCGGACUUCUCAGAGCCUUACCCCGGCCAGGGGGGCUGCAGCCAUCAGACCCCAGAGAGAGGCUGAAGGUGAACCCUCAGCCGGGACCGGCCCUUCCUGCUCCUGGGACCUUCCAAAGGCCCCAGGUGGCCACCUGCACCACCAAGCCAGGCGGGGGCCCGGCCAGAGCUCUGAUCCGGGGCCCCCUUGCGGGCUCCCUUGGGUUCGUGCAGGGGCCGGCCGGGUGCUGGGGGGCUGUGGCCGAGGCAGAGGUCGGAGCCGCCCCUCAACCGGUGGAGCCGCCUGGAGUGUGAGGGAGGAGCAGGUGAGGCAGUGGGCAGCCGAGAUGCUGGUGGCCCUGGAGGCGCUGCACGAGCAGGGGGUGCUGUGCCGGGACCUCAAUCCCCGGAACCUGCUCCUGGACCAGGCAGGCCACAUCCGGCUCACGUAUUUCGGCCAGUGGUCAGAGGUGGAGCCCCAGUGCUGCAGAGAGGCUUUGGACAAACUCUACAGCGCCCCAGAGGUGGGUGGGAUUUCUGAGCUGACCGAAGCCUGCGACUGGUGGAGCUUUGGGUCUCUGCUGUAUGAACUGCUGACGGGAACGGCGCUGUCCCAGAGCCACCCCUCAGGAAUCCAACCCCACACCCAGCUCCAGCUGCCCGAGUGGCUCAGUCGCCCCGCAGCCUCCCUGCUGACUGAGCUGCUGCAGUUUGAGCCCGCCGGGCGCCUGGGCGCUGGAGGAGGCGGUGUCAACAAACUCAAGUCCCACCCCUUUUUCAGCAGCAUCCAGUGGAGCAAACUGGUGGGGUAACCGGAGGGGGUGGAGUAGGCGGUGGAAGCAGCUGGACUGGUCUGGAUCUCCUCUCUUCUCUUUGCCUGCCACCCAGAGCUGGCCCUUCUAAUCGGCGGCCCUCGGGCAAAGAAUGAAAGGCAGCUUGCCUUUCCUGGUCGGGCCCCUCCCUUGGGCCUCAGAAGUCUCUUCACUGACCAGGAAGGGCCUACGGAGUCCCCCAGCCACGUCCUGGAGAAACCCUUCCUAGACGGUGCUGAGCGGGAGGGAAAGAGAGACCUCAGCCUGUUAGGCAGCUUGAACCCCUCCACCCAUCAGUCAACAGUCCCCUGCUGAAUGCACACCCUGUACUUGAACUUGGACCUACCAUGUUAAAAGGUGCCUUCCUUUGCAUUAGCUCUGAGCUACUGACCACGUGCUGAGCCGUGAAAUUUUGUGACUCAUUAUCUGCCAUGUGCCCCACUCGGGAUGUCUCUGGAGACUCAUCUCAGGAUACUAGUCCACUGGCUUAGUGGUCCCAAACCAGGGCUGCCCUGGCUGGUCAUCUUAACCAUGCAACUAGUGGGCCUCUUCCACCAGAGGCUACUUUUGCAGGGGGUCGGGAGGCUGAGGAAGCAGGGAAGAAGUCUGUAGUGGGCAUGGGGUGGGGUGAGGGAAUGGGACAGGACAACCCAUCCCCCCCUCCUGACCAUGCCCCUUAUCUUGUGAUUACAGACUUUGGAGAGCAAAAGGAAAGGAGGGGAGGAAAAUAAGGAUAAAGAGGAAUGGGGGGAGAGAGGAAGGCACAGCUCUGCCACUUAGAGAAAUUUUGGAAACAAAGAGCUCCCUUCCCCGGCUAGCCCACCCAUAUGGAGAGAAAGGAAAACCUGCCCCAUGGGUCUGAGGGGAGACCGCCAUUCAGUCUCCAGGCUGAAGCCACUUGAAGAAAAGUUGUACCCACUAGGACUCCCUUCUCGGACGUUCGUCCUGUUUACCAUUUUGCAUUUUAGUCUUGAGGGUCCACUCAAUCCACUGCCCACUGUGACUUCAUAUCCUUUUGAAAUGAAACCACAAAACACAUGGAAUGAUUGCCCAAGCAUUUAGCCGGAAGCAAAAUGUUUCUGGUCUCGGAAGAACUGGGGUAAGUAGUUAUCCCCAAAGACAAUUCCCUCCCCGGAUUUGGGGGCCGCCUUCCUCUCAGGACUCACCCUGUCACUGGGGUGUGGCAUCUAAGACAAUCUUCCACAGAUCUCCACCAACUCCUUCCCGCCUGCGUCUCCGGCACCACCAGGUGGCGCCUCUGACACCACCCUCCAGUCUGGCUGUGAAGGCCCAGCUCUAAAUCUGGGGCUGGGGACCUGUUGUGGGCAUGGCGCGAAGCUCCUCAGGCCCUCUGGACGCGUCUGGGGGACGUGGGAGGUGCAGCCUUUGGAAGGUCCUGGCUCUCCCUGGGGCUUGCCCACGUCCCUCCACCCCGACUCCAAUAAAGCCUGCUGUUGCCUCUGG